UUUCACUCCAGUAUCAUCCACCUUUUCCUUUUCUCUUAUUAGAUACUCUAGGGUUAGGGUUUCUAAUCUCUGCAACGUAGAGAUUCGAGAGAAGAGAUGUGGCAUGAAGCGAGGAGGUCGGAGAGAAAAGUCCAUGACCUCAUGGACGCAGCUCGAAAGAGGGCUCAGAGACGAGCCGUGUUUCUGGCCAAGAGGCGUGGUGAUCCUCAACAAUCGAUUCAAGUCCUAGGAUCUCGCUCUCGCACGUACCGCGACGAUGGUCUCUACCAGGCCACCCUUGAUCAGCAAGGCCUGAUACCGUGGAAUGGGAAACAGAAUAUUUUGAUUGACAGAUUUGAUGGCCGUGCUCUACUUGAUUUCAUUCGAGAUUCUGAUUCCCGACAUUUUCGGGCCCAACAGAAAACCGAGGAAGAGGAAGAAUUAGAAGAGUUUGUUAAUUUUGAGCGUUAUCGGGAUUUAAUUAAGCAUCGACGUAGAGGAUUUACUGAUGAAGAGGGUUUGCAACAUGUUAAUGAAGAGAUGGAGGCCAAGACUGUUGCUCCAUUUACAUCAGACAGAUCUCAGCUGCCACAGCCUCCAGCAAGCAAGGGUUCAUAUUCACAGGUGGGUUUCUCCUAUGAUGGAGAUGGAAAAGAGGAAACUCAUUUUUCAGAUGGUGAUAAUGAUGAUGAUGAUGAGGAUGACGAGGAUGAUGAGGAUUUUAACAGUGAUGAUAGCAAUGAUGAAGGAAUGGAUACAAUAGCAAAAGAAUUUGGAGUGAAGAGGUAUGGUUGGCUUGUUUACAUGGAUAAAAAAGCUAAAGAGGAAGAGAAAAGGCAAAAGGAAGUGAUCAAGGGCGAUCCUGCAAUUAGAAAGCUGAGUCGCAAAGAAAGAAGAAAGGCUUCUCAGAUAGAAAGAGAGAGAGAAAGAGAAGCUACACGGGUGACUGGAACUCGCAUGCUUCAGCAUGAUCCCUACAGGGAACCUAGAAGAAGUCCAACUUAUGAUGCUUAUCCUCGUUCUAGAAGAUCAAGGUCAAGAUCACGUUCAUACUCCCCCUCAUACUCCAGGCGCUAUGCUCGUGGUGGGCAUGAUGAUGUUCAUCGAAGCAAAUCAAAGACUCCUAAGAUAGAAUACAUUACUGAAUUUGGAGGCUCUGCCGAUGGUGAUGAUCCAAAGUUUGAAGGAUUUUCUCCACCACCAUCUCCUCCAUCUCAUGCUGAUGCGUUGAACCGGCCUUCAUCUGGUCGCAUACUUGAGGCACUGCAUGUUGAUCCUGCUUCUGGCAUAUCCCUUGACAAGGAAAAGCAGUCCAAAGUGUUGAAGCCAUCAGUGAGUACAUCAUCUGCAUUGUCAAAGCUAAGCAAGCCAACAACUAUUGGAGGCCCCUUAAAACAACAGGGGGAAAAGAAGGAAAGACCCCAAGAACGGCUCAAAAGGAUCAUGAGCAAGCAGCUAAACAAACAAAUAAAAAAGGAUACUGCAGUUGAAAUGGCUAAGAAACGAGAACAGGAGCGCCAGAGGCUGGAGAAACUGGCAGAAACAAGCCGAUUAAGUCGAUACAGGUAUCGUAGCCGCAGCAGAAGUGACAGUCGCUCGCCUCCUAGAAGACACCAGCGCUGCAGAAGUCCAAGUAGGAGUAGGAGUUCGCGAAGAAAUUAUUCUUCCCGUGCCCGUUCGCCCUCCUGGUCUGGUUCAGGCUCUCACUCCCGCUCUCAAUCUCCUUCUCGUUCUCAUUCUCGCUCACCAAGGGUAAGAAGCCGCGCAAGGUACUGAUGGAGAGCUUGUGUCAAGGGUGGAGUACGCAUUCUUAUGGAGGAAGAAAAGCCAAAUGCUUGAAAUAGCUAGGGGUGAUUUUAUGAAGGAAAAAGAGAGACAGUGCACACUCUUGUUUAACCUGUUACGCUUUGUGUCAACUGUGUUAACUUCAUCAUAUGUAAUAUAAUAAGUGAACAGUAAUUUGUUCUCUUUUGUUCGUUCUCAGAUCAAAGUGUACUGAUUCUGGAUAUGUUUCAAUGCUAGUGAUACUUGGGGUUCUAAA